AUGGAGACUGAGCAAGACCGCUUGUCCCAGGAAAUAUCAGACGGCGAUUCCGUUGACAGCCCUGGUGAAGGUGGUUCCCAACAAGCCGAAGCCGAAGCCGAGUCGACACAUUCAAUUGAGUUUUCUGCGAAUUUCAGUUACCUAGAGCCUAUUAUCGAAGGCCUUUCGGAGGCAGCAUCUCUCCUGCCAAAGUCUGAUCCGCAGAGCAGCCAGGCCUCAGCUUCGACCAGCCCACGGCAUUCAUUAGCCGGGCUCAACGCGCAGAGGUCGCAGAGCCCGCUUUUCAGGCAUGAGAACGAGGACCCCAACAGCCUUGGUGGUGAUAGCAACCAGCACAAUGAUGCUUUAGGCAACCCCGAAGAACUGUUUGAAGGAAGUCUCCCACCAAGUCCUCCGGUUUCGCCGGUAUUAAACCUUGCCAUACCACCUACAAACUCAGAGAACUUUAGCGAACACUCUGGAUCCUUGCGCACAGCUAAAUGGCAGCCUUAUACCUUGCGGGAUGAUGGAAGCUCUGUUAUUCUCUUCGGCUCGAGGUUUAUGCCAUCCACCUUUGCCGUAGUCUACGUUCAGCUUACGUCCAUGCUUUUGGACGACGUUAAGAGGACGGAGCCCUUUGCUCGAAUGGCCAAGCCUGGAGGUGGACGCGCAAGACACACAAUUCUUCAGGCUCCCGGCGCUUGGUGGAAUGCGCUAGCAGAUGGGCUGUCCCGGAAGAAGAACGGUAUUAGGCGCUCUGGCUUGGUCCUACUCGCCGCGGCUUUGAUCAACAUCAUCGGCUUUCUUGCAGUCUCACCACUCUCUGCAUCCCUACUGGAAUCAAAAGACGUGACUGUUUCCAACCCAGUUACGUUCUCCCGUUUACAUUUCAACAAUACUGAACCUCUUCUUCCCGAGAUUGGCAGGGAGACCUACUUACGAAUUCUUGGCCAUCUCUUACAAGAUAUAGAGACUUCAGUCUGGAUUAUGGAUAACUACACAGUUCUUCCGUUCUGGCCCUCUGAUAUUCGGGAUGCACCUCUUGGCCCCUCUCUCACUCCGCUCCCUCAAGAGUGGCAAGCCGAGUCGCUGGUCCUGGGCACUGAGCUUGAAUGUCAACCGAUGCACUUGGUUAGCUCAUACUUAGGCUCAAGAACAGUUACCAGGGAAUACUAUAAUGACACCGAAGACGUUCUCUUGGCAUCCUUAAUCCUAAGGUCUGGCGACGGCCGUUCAUACGGUAUGGAGGCUGAGCCCAGCGUUAUGACCCGUGCUGCAGCUUUUUAG